AUGACAGACAUUAAUAUGGAUAAUCUUGAAUACGAUGGAAAUGCAUGGGUGUUCGAUUCCUUGGUGGGUUUUCUUCACGGACCCAUAUGGAACGUACCUUUACAAACAUUUAUUGAAGAAAGAUCAUUGCCGUUUGAGCCGACAGAAAAUGGAGAAGUAAUCGAUAGAGCUGAAUACAAAAAGAUCCACAUUGACUAUCGUAAUUUGGUAGACGUAAUGCUGGGCUCGUUUAUGGAUGACAUUGGGAUUACGGCGGAACAGUUUGAAGCGGCCUGCAAACUGUCAGCAAGAGAUUUGGCGGGACUGCCCGCUCAAUUCCAUCGGCGAUUAUUCGAACAGAUAUGGGCCGCCAAUGAUUACGCGAUGUUCGUCAAAAUGAUGACACAUAAGAAUGUUGAGUUGCAACUGCAGGCUUUAGAAUUGAUAGAGAGACGUUAUGGAACUAUGCCUAGUAUUUUUAUGUCUGAUACCGAAAAGUUGGAAACUUCGGAAACUAAUGAAAAUGAAGAAUGGCCUGAUAAUGAUGACGUUAUGACUGAAAUAAAAAAAUUACGAAUCGGGGAAAUUGAAGAUGACAAAGAGGAAGCCUUAAACGUUACGCCUGAAGUUGUUGUUACACAAAAGCAGACCUUAUUGUCUAAGCUGAACAGUUUUGAUAAGAAAGGGGACUGUUUUGUGAAAAAGGUUACAAUACAAGUACCCGAGGAAGACGCGCAUCCUGUGGAAAGUACAAUUACUUCGUCCACGAAAGUGGAGGUAAGUGAUGAAGAACUGCGUGCCCGUCAAGAGUAUUUGAAACAGCAACGUGAUAAACUAUUGGCUCUGAAGAAACAAGUCCGAGAAAAACGACUAGGUGCCGUCGAAACCGAGACUGGCCUAGCAGGCGAAGGAUCACACAAAAUGAAUUCUAGACCGCGAUCAGCUCGCGUAGCACAAGAGGCCCUCGCUGGAGCCACACCGGAACCCACUGCGGAUGCGAUGCAGCUACGAAGAGCCCUGGCUUCUAAACUUAAAACUGAAGUGGUCGAUAUGCAUUAAGCUCACAAAAAAAUCUUCUGCUAAAAUUGUUCUGUAAUUACUUACCUAAGCAAAGAAAAAUACGUUACAUUCA